AAGCAGAGGCUGCAGCAGGACGCAGCCGGAGCGGCGAUGGCUGAGUGACAUCUGAGUGUUUGUUGUGUGUGUUAUUUAUUUAUUAACUGUCAGCGAUGUGGAGCCCGUCGAGGAUUUAAUGGGACUGUGCUGUGCUCUGGUUUGUGUUUGUCGGACAUGGAGACUGUGUGCCCUUUUGGAUUGACUUUAAGCUGUUAAGUUUCCAUGAAAGUGACCGGACGUUUAUUUUGAAAUGUCAACAUCAAGCUACAGCUAGCACUGUAAGUAAGAGGGCUGCUGAUGACCUCAGUAAGCAGACAGAGGAUGCUUAACAUCACAGCAGUUUGGGAACCAUAAACUGGGCAGACAGAGUCAUUCCACUGAGGAAUUAAGGUACCACUACUUCUUCAGCUCUGCAGCUCAAAUGAUGUCAAAUCUAAUUUACAGAGUCAGGGGCCAAAUGUCCUGCCCAGACAGGGUUUGCCUCAAACAUCUCAUCCUUUGUCAUUUGUCAGAAGAUACAAUGGCAAAGAUUGUUUGCAAGGCUGAAGCACAGGAGCCUCCUAGAUUCUAACCCUGUGGAUAUAAUGUAGCACAACUCUUCAGCAUGACUUAAAUGAACUCCCCCCAACCCCAACACGUUCAGGGAUGGAUCCCAUGAACCUUACAACUGUAAUCGACAACGGGUUUUUGGACGAGGCUCCGUCGAGCCGUGUCCUAACUGGCUGUUUCCUCUCGCUGCUCAUCCUCACCACCUUGCUGGGAAACAUGCUCGUUUGUGCUGCUGUCACCAAGUUUAGACAUCUGCGCUCCAAAGUGACCAACUUUUUUGUGAUCUCACUGGCCGUGUCAGACCUCUUGGUUGCCAUCCUGGUGAUGCCGUGGAAAGCAGUGACAGAGAUCGCCGGGUUCUGGCCGUUUGGCUCCUUCUGUGACACCUGGGUGGCUUUUGACAUCAUGUGCUCCACUGCGUCCAUUUUGAACCUUUGUGUGAUAAGCCUGGACCGCUACUGGGCCAUCUCCAGCCCCUUUCGCUACGAGAGGAAGAUGACACCCAGGGUUGCCUAUGUGAUGAUCAGUGUGGCCUGGACACUGUCUGUGCUAAUUUCCUUCAUCCCGGUGCAGCUCAACUGGCACAAGGCCCAAACUAAAUCCUACACCCCUCUGACUGGGUCCUCUAGCUCUUCAGGUUUCAAUGCUACAUCUUACCGCAGCCCAGAGAACUGUGACUCGAGCCUGAAUAGGACCUACGCCAUCUCCACCUCCCUUAUAAGCUUUUACAUCCCUGUGGCCAUCAUGGUUGCCACCUACACCCAAAUAUACCGCAUUGCCCACAGACAAAUCAGGAGGAUUUCUGCCCUGGAGCGCGCGGCUGAAAGUGCCAAGAACAGACACGACAGCAUGGGCGGAGGCUCCAGCAUCGCAGAUUCUGAGAGCUCUUUCAAAAUGACGUUCAAGAGGGAGACCAAGGUGCUGAAGACGCUGUCAGUAAUCAUGGGGGUGUUUGUGUGCUGCUGGCUUCCGUUCUUUAUCCUCAACUGCAUGGUGCCGUUCUGCGAGCAGUCGAGCGGAGGGGAGGCCUUCCCUUGUAUCAGCCCCACCACGUUUGACGUGUUCGUGUGGUUCGGCUGGGCUAACUCCUCCCUCAACCCCAUCAUCUAUGCCUUCAAUGCAGAUUUCCGCAAGGCCUUCUCCAUCCUGCUGGGCUGCCACAGACUGUAUCCAGGAGGCCACAACAUAGAGACAGUCAGUCUAAACAAGAAAUGACUCAUGACUCUCUCACAGCACUGACUCAUCCUUAAUGCUAAGAGUCCUAGUUCCUGUAGAGGCCGGUCUGAUCGACUUCAAACGAGGAUGCUGCUCUCUGUGCUGACUCGUAGUGUGACUGAAGGAUACGGUGACCCUACAUGUACCCGUGUUCGCAUUAGGCGAGUGGCCUGUCCGUGUGCAGACUGUCAGAGUGAGCUCGCCGUGCUCACCGCAAUUGCUGCACCGUCUUCAAGUGGAAGAUGCUCCUGAAAGAGGAGAUGGGAUUUAGGGAUUGAGAUUAAGACUCUUCGCUGUUGUGCCAGGAAGCUGGGAGCGCAGCGGUGCUGACACGCCCCUGGGAUAGAUAAUCCCAUGACUGGGCAGCACACACCCUAAUGCUGUCAGACACCGCUCUCUUCAAUACCAUCACACACACGUACACAAACACAAACAUUGUCAAAACAUGCUCCUCCAAAUUCAGUGUAAAUGCAGCACCCAGCAUGCACUCUAUGACAAAGUACAUGACAGCACACUGAAAUACUGUUACUCAUUACAUUAACAUCCUGUGCUCUGCGAGGAGUCCAGCGGUAAAGCGUCAAACCAAAUCAUGUUUAAGAUGAGCAUGUAGGUUAAGUACAUCCACAUGUGAUUAAAUAUUAAAGCAAGAAUGAACCCAGAUUUGAUUUUACAUCUAUUAAUGUUGUGAUUUUAGAAGAAAGUUCUGAGAAGUCGUCUCUUUUGGAGGUGAAAGUACACAGACGUGAAAAAUGCAGCUUGUAUCUCACGGCUGGUUCACAAUUUAUAGCUCAUCCAAAUGUCAGAUCAUUGUGACUUUAAACCAAAUUUACUCAACAGACACCUCAUAAAGUAUUUGUUAGUCGCUUGAAAGUGUUUUAUGGAUGAGUCUGUCAUAUUUGUGUCCUGUAUUUUUUGCAAACAACAGCUGAUGACCUCUUUUAAGGAGAAGACACUGACCUAAACAAAGGUGUUGCUUGACCUGUGGUGUCUUUGACUAUUGUGACCAUGUAGGAGCUGAAUGAACUGUCUGAAUGUUAUGUUUGGAUUAAUCAAUUUUAAUUAGCUCUUUAAAGUGAAUUACUAAAGGAUAAUCUUGCUUUAUAACAACAUAGGUUUGGCUGUCAGUCCUAUAGGUUAUGAUAACAUUGCAUUCACAAAUUGCUGACAUCUGGGAACACUGACAUUCUCAUGAGACAAGAGCAGACAGAUGAUCAGACUAGUUGAAAAUCUGCCCACAGAUCUUUGAAGCCACUACAUUUGGAGACAAAACCAAAAGUCUGCACGUAAUUAGUUUGACUUAUUUUGAAAGCAAACAAUCUAAUCUGAAACUGUGUUGUGGGACGAACAUUCAUCUGAUACUUCUGCUGCCUCUCGUGAGCGACAAGCUAAUAUUACCGUAAUGCAGUUGCGUUUUACAAAACUUUAUAUUGUAAGGUGGUGCACUUUAGUGGCAGUAGAAAUUAAUAUGAGCACAGAGUAGGAAGUGUGGAGAUGUGGUAUAAAAAAAAUGAUAAAGCACUGUUGUAUAGAGAUCGAAGAUAAGACUUCUUUUACUAACAAUGUAGUGUAGUAUGCUAGUAUGCAUUAGCCAAAAGAAUAAUAGCAGAGUUUGCCUUUUUUCAUGUAAACUUGGCUAAGCUGAGGGUGUGUUUGAAACCUGUGAUCUGAUUAUCAGACCUAGAGUUGUCUGGCUUUGGUCUGAAUCAGGGACUAACUUUGUUACAAUGCUGCAUAGCUGCCUAGAGUUGGUUCAUGUUCUCACGGCAGCAUUUACAAGCGGACCAGAUCAAAUGCCUUGUGUGAGAAAGCUGCUCUAGAUUUCUCAGAAUUUCCAUGUGGGUAAAAUCCAGGAAGUAAACAAAACGAAGAAGAAGAGUACACUUGCAAGAUAAAUGUGACACUUUCUAAUGUCACAAUGGAGGGACAACUACGCAGGUUGAUGUUAGCGCUGGUCAUCGUGUACUAUAUUGCUGUCAUUGUUCAUUUUAGUCAAACCAUACAGUUUGAAAAUGAGGCGCGGCUCCAACUAGAAAACAAUGUUUUGAUGCAUUGGAUGUGCUGAAUGUGCAUAUUAAGGCAGUACAGGAGGAGGUGCACAUUAAUAAUCCUCCAGGACUGUAACAUGCUCAUGUUUAACCCAAACAAUGUGUCAUGUGACUGCAGUUGGUUCGGAUCGAAGUCAGAACACGUUCUCACCACAAAUGAACCGCACCAGAGUUUGUUUGUAACCAGACUGAGACCACCUCUUCAAGAAGGUCUCAGUCUGGUUGUUUUGGUGCGCACUAGAGUGCGAUUGCUGUGUUCACUCCUGCCCAAACAAACUGCACUUAGGGGGCAAACAAACGUGACUUUGAUUGAACCGAACCUAACAGGGCAGGUGUGAAAGCACCCUUAGUGUGUGUUCCCAGGUCUCAGCAGUUAAAGAAAAAGUUUAACAAUUUGGGAGGGUUAGCUUCAGGCUGACUCAUUCCAGAAAGUCAGCUUUUUUUGGAUGACUUCCUGGAGUGCCUGUCAAGUCAGUGAGCCCGGUCAAGAAAUAGUCCCACAUGUAAUCCUGUGGAAAACCUUGUUGUUUUUACUGUCUCUCUUCAAAACAACCAAAUAAGAUAUGCAGAGUAAAUCAGUGAGCUUUAGAGAUGCUAGAUUUCCCUUUGCUUCUCCAAUAAGCAAAUAAGCAUAUGUCCCAAAAUGUCAAACUAUUUCCUUAACUCCGUGAGUACUUAUCAAAACUAAAAGCCAAAUCUAUGACAAGAUCCAGGAAUUAUUCUGUAACGUGAAGCAUUGUGUGGCGGACUAUGAUGCAUAGCCAUCAUUAUCACCGGCCACCUCUAAUUUGGUGACUGUAUUUAUUUUAUUUUUUUAUAUGCUAACUUUGCGUGAGCUACAGUGAUCAUUCAUGACACAAACAAAAGCUCUAGGUGUUUGUACUUGGCUAAAAAACGAUCUCUUUAGAAUAUGUAGUAGAGGUCUGACGAAUUAAUUAAUGUUGUUAUGUUUCAUUCAUAACACUAUAAGCCAUCAGAAGAAACAGUUGGGAAGGGUUUGCUUCAGCCAUGUGGAAAUAUCUCAAUGCACAGCUUAAUAAAAGUGUAUGUGUCCAUGUUGGUGAAAUCCGCUGUGUGGUGUAUGUGUGAUGUGCUGUGUGCAGCUUUGACCUCCACAGAUCAAACCUCCUCAAGCACAUUUCACACCAGAGUCUAAAGGGUAAAACGUAACGGGACCAGCUGUGUCUCACAUCCAAAAUUUCAUUUUCACAUAACUCAGGUGUUCAUGUGUCUGUUUGGUCUGGUGAUAUAUUGCCAUCAUUAGCAAAGUGAAAGGCCCAAUCUGGACUUGUAAAUAGCCUGGAAUAAUAAAGCAGUGCA